CAAUGCAAGAACCAUCAUAUUAACACAAGUUCUCAUCUAAGAAACAUAACCAUGGCUUUCACAAACUCAUUUUCUCUUUUUAGCCUCUUAAUCAUUUUAACCAUUUGGUUUUCAUUCUCCAAUGCUCAAAACUCACCUCAAGAUUAUCUCAACGUCCACAACGCGGCUCGUGCGUUAGUUGGCGUUGCAAAUAUUACUUGGGACAACACAGUUGCUACCUAUGCUUUGAACUAUGCAAAUUCAAGGAAAAGUGAUUGCAAUUUGGUUCAUUCAAAUGGACCUUAUGGUGAGAAUCUUGCAAAGGGAUCAAGUGGUACAUUUACUGGAGUUUCUGCAGUGAAUUUGUGGGUUAAUGAAAAACCAAACUAUGAUUAUAACACUAAUGCAUGCAUUAAUAAUGGACAAUGCUUGCAUUAUACUCAAGUUGUUUGGAGUAACUCUGUUAGAUUAGGAUGUGCAAGGGUACAAUGCACUAAUGGAUGGUGGUUUGUUACUUGCAAUUAUGAUCCCCCUGGUAAUUAUGUUGGCCAAAAACCAUAUUAAUUACAAUUAACAAGUUAAUAUGACUGAGCUAAAAGGGUCUCAACCAUAUAAUAUUGCUAAGUAUCUAUCAUUGUUGCAUUAUAUAAUCAUGGAACAAAAUGAAAUAAUGUUUCACUAUUUUGUUUUUUUUUUUUUUUUAUGUAAGAUUUUAAUAAUCUAUGAAUGUGUCAUCCUUUUUUGACAUAUAUAUCAUGGACUAAUUAAUACUUUAUGUACUUGAGUUUCUCUUAUUUUGGUUAUCAUUACAUCGUGUGUGUUGGUAU